AUGCAUCCAUUUGCUGUAGUUUUGAAUUACGCAUCUAGAGGAGGAGAAGCUGUGGAGACGUACCCGUUUGUAAAAGAUAAUGCCCAAAAUCAUUUUGUCAAGAUUGGAGGAUUUGGUGUAGACAAUUUGUUGAAGGACGCUGCUACUCAGGCAUUACAGAACACCAAUCUUGCUCUUGAAUCUUACGAAACCGCUGGAAUCCCUCUCGAAUAA